AAAAAGGAAAAAGAAAAAAACCAGAAUAAUAAAAACAAAGAAAAAUCAUACUACUGAUUUGAGUUUCUCUGGCAGAAAUUGUUAAGCCGUCCAUCGUCCAUGGUGGUGGCAGCUGCGGCCAUGAAUUCCCUCUCAUUAUUCCGUGCCCCGCUUAGUUUAAGAGCGUUGGGUUUUGUUAAGGCGUCAAAUUCCAUCUCCAGAAACAUCCCUUUUCUUCAUAGCCCACUUAACUUCCGCAGGACAUUGUGUUCUGUAAGAGCUACGCACGACGAAGAAGCCGCUGCUAGAGCUGCUGCUGCGGAUGCUGUUACUGGAGCACCUACCAUAUUUGACAAAAUUAUUUCGAAAGAGAUCCCUUCCAGCAUAGUAUAUGAAGACGAAAAGGUACUCGCGUUUCGAGAUAUCAAUCCACAAGCUCCCACUCAUGUUUUAGUCAUUCCAAAAUCAAGGGAUGGAUUAACAGAGCUUGGCAAGGCUGAACAAAGACAUGCGGAGAUAUUGGGGCAUCUUCUUUAUGCAGCUAAAAUUGUUGCUGAGAAAGAAGGCAUUGUUGAUGGAUUUCGUGUCGUGAUAAACAGUGGACCAACUGCAUGUCAAUCUGUUUACCAUCUGCACCUGCAUGUACUUGGUGGAAGACAGAUGAAAUGGCCACCUGGUUGAGAUCAGGCUUAAAUUGCUACAAACCUGCAAUUGUUUUUUAUAGUGUCCUCUGCCUUGUUUUUUUUCUGUUCAACAUUCAGAAUAACUCCAGAACCCUAGAGCCUUUUUUUUUUGGUCUGUUUUCGCAUUCAGUUGCAAUGAACUCCUGGACAAUUUGUUUCUUGCAACUUAAUCUAUUUUCUUGUCCUUUUUUGCGUGUAACUUUAAGAUCUACUGAAACACCUAUAUUCUGAAAUCACAUUUGUAAUUGCUAGUAUCCUAUGAUCUAGAGGUUAAGUAUGUCAUUUAGAUUUUAAAAUGUCACUUGCAAUAAGGUCAAAGAGGUUUCAGUCUAGAACUGUUCCACUGAUCAUUGAUUGCGCGAGGCCAUAUUUCACAUGAAUGAGGUUUGAUUUGUUUGCA